AUGUCGUUUUACAUCGGUCGCGAGGCUUCCAAGCUAUGGAAGAGGUUUUGUGCAGAGAUCACUACGGAAAUCAACCUUCUUGCUGAGAAAUGGAAGUAUAUUUUAGGGGGUCUGAUUUGUCAGUAUAUUCAUGGGCUAGCAGCUCGGGGAGUUCAUUAUUUCCAUCGGCCAGGACCAACACUUCAGGAUGUUGGCUUCUUUCUUCUCCCGGAACUCGGGCAAGACAGAGCUUACAUUAGCGAAACAGUGUUCACCUUUGUUUUUCUCUCUUUCGUCUUGUGGACUUUCCAUCCUUUCAUAUUGAAGAACAAGAAGAUUUACACAGUCCUUAUUUGGUGCAGGGUCUUAGCAUUCUUAGUUGCUUGUCAGUUUCUUCGGAUCAUAACUUUCUACUCUACUCAGCUUCCCGGUCCUAACUACCAUUGCCGAGAGGGAUCAAAACUUGCCCGAUUGCCUCCUCCGGAAAGUAUUUUUGAAGUCCUAUUAAUAGUUCCUAAAGGCGUGCUUUAUGGCUGUGGGGACUUAAUAUUUUCCUCUCACAUGAUAUUUUCUCUAGUCUUUGUGCGUACGUAUCAUAAAUACGGCACUCGAAGUUUUGUGAAGCAGGUUGCAUGGCUAAUUGUUAUAAUCCAAAGCUUGUUGAUUGUGGCAUCACGAAAGCACUACACAGUCGAUGUUAUCGUGGCAUGGUACACUGUUAAUUUGGUUGUGUUCUUUAUCGACAAAAAGUUGCCAGAACUUCCGGAUCGUUCUAGUGGCGCUGUAUUCCUUCCAUUGACAAAGGAUAACCGGAUUAAUAAGGAGGAGAAUCACAAGCUGCUUAAUGGAAAUUCUGGAGAUUCAGCUGAUUGGAGGCCGAGGACUCAAGUGAAUGGCAAGAUUAUGGAAGAAGGAAAUGUUGUGCAUGUUGAAGCAGUUAUUAACAGUGUCUAG